AUGAGGUCCUUCUGCAUCGACCUGCCCACCUCCACGUGCACGUCGGCCUCCAAGUGCGGCCACACCUACACCUACGGCGACACCUCGUCGACGCAGGUUGUCCUAGCCACGGAGACCUUCACGCUGGGCAAGACGAAGCUCCACAGUGUCGCCUUCGGCUGCGGCGACACAAACGAGGGCGAAGAGUUCUCGCAGGGCGUGGGGCUCGUCGGCCGCGGCCCCUUCUCACUGGUCUCCCAACUCGGCCUCGAGAAGUUCACCUACUGCCUCACCUCCCUCGAGGACACCAGCAAGAGCAUGCUCCUCCUCGGCUCUGUCGCCGACAUCUCGGAGAGCGCGGCCACCGCGCCGGUGCAGACCACCCGGCUAGUCAAGAACCCGAGCCAGCCGUCCUUCUACUACGUGACCCUGACAGGCCUCACCGUCAUGUCGACGCACAUCACCCUCCCGAGCUCGGCGUUCGUCACGGGCACGGGCGGUGUCAUCGUGGACUCUGGCACAUCCAUUACGUACGUACCUGGAGGUGCAGGGCUACCGCACGCUGAAGAAGGCGUUUGCAACGCAGAUGGCGCCAACGGCGAACAGGUCCGCUCACCAGUGGCAGGAGGAUCCCGGGGCGGCGAUCUCAUCGUGGCUCUGCUCUGCUCGGCGCUGGAGCAAGUGGAUGGGGACCUGCUGGGGACCCAUUCCCCGACGGGGAGCUGGGAUGAGAAGGAAUUACUCCCGAAGGCUGCCGCAAGGAUGAGGAUGUUCCAGUACUCCUCGCUUAGGGACCUUUGGUCCCUGUAG